CUGCACUACGGGACCCUCCUGGGCAGCAGAGCUUGUGCCCACAUGGCAGCAGCUGCCUGGGCCAGUGCCUUUCUCAAUGCUCUACUGCAAACAGCCAAUACAUUUUCCCUGCCCCUGUGCCAUGGCAAUGCGCUGGGCCAGUUCUUCUGUGAGGUUCCCCAGAUCCUCAAGCUCUCCUGCUCAUACUCCACCUUCAGAAAAAUUUGGAUUUCAUUGCUUGGUGUCUGUUUAGGUUUUGGUUGUUUUGUGUUCAUGGUUUUCUCGUAUGUGCAGAUCUUCAGGGCUGUGCUGAGGAUCCCCUCUGAGCAGGGACGGCACAAAGCCUUUUCCACCUGCCUCCCUCACCUGGCCGUGGUCUCCCUGUUUGUCAGCACUGGCACAUUUUCCUACCUGAAGCCCCCCUCCAUCUCCUCCCCAUCCCUGGAUCUGGCCCUGUCAGUUCUGUACUCGGUGGUGCCUCCAAUUGGCCCUUAA